UUCCUUUCUUCCGGUUGCCGACCGGCUGGUUAUAAAAUAGACCGUGCGUGGAAAACCAAAUUGUAUAACCUGAUUUGGUCAAAACAGAGAUAAUUUAGGUUGAAAUUUAAUAAUUCAUUAUAACAUUUUCUUUAUAUAACAGUUAUAUCUUUGACAGAAACAGAUAAAAUACAAAUCAGGUUAGAGAUGGGGAAAGGCGGCAAGCAAGAACAAGAAAAGGCAGUCUAUACUUGGGAUGAAAUAGCUAAGCAUGACAAGAGGGAAGAUCGAUGGAUGGUUAUACAGGGUGAAGUCUAUAACAUCACCAACUGGGCCAAUAGACAUCCAGGUGGCAGUAAAGUCAUCAGUCAUUAUGCUGGACAAGAUGCCACGGAUGCGUUUCAAGCUUUCCACAAUGAUCUAGCCAGCGUAAAGAAAUAUUUAAAGCCGUUACAUGUAGGUUCUGUUAAAGAUACACAGACUAGAACUAUAGAUGAAGAUUUUAGGAAGUUACGAUCAACAGCUGAACAAAUGGGUUUAUUUAAGCCAAGCUUUUCAUAUUUUGGUAUAUUCUUAGGCCAUAUAAUGGUAUUAGAAGUUUUAGCAGCUCUUACACUUAUAUAUUUUGGAGUAGGCUGGGCUCCAUUCCUGAUUUCUAUAGCAUUGUAUGGAACAUCACAGGCUCAAGGCGGUUGGUUACAGCAUGAUUUUGGUCAUUUAUCUGUCUUUCACAACACAACUUGGGACCAUUUUUUUCAUUAUUUUGUACUUGGAUUUUUAAAGGGAGCCUGUCCUGAUUGGUGGAAUCACAUGCAUUACCAGCACCAUGCGAAACCUAAUGUGUUGGAUAAAGAUCCUGAUGUAAGAGUUGAACAACUGUUUGUUGUAGGAGAAGUCAUGCCAGUUGAGGUUGCCAAAUCGGGGAAAAAAUCCUUUCCUUAUAAUCAGCAACACAAGUAUUUCCCUUUCUUUAUUCCCCCUUUGCUGUUUCCUCUGUAUUUCCAGUUUAUGUUGUUUAGACAUGUAUAUACCAGAAAGCUUUGGCUGGACGCCAUUAUUAUGGGUUCAUACUUCUUCCGAUUUUGUUUCUUCUUGGUACCUCUGGUAGGAUGGGGAUGGACAUUUUUCUAUUAUGAAGCUUUUAGGAUAAUUGAAUCUACAUGGUUUGUGUGGGUUGCUCAAUCUAACCAUAUCCCUAUGAAUAUUGACCAUGACGACCAGAAACCAUGGCUGAAAUUACAGAUGGCGGCCACAUGUGAUGUUGAAAAAUCUUUCUUCAAUGACUGGUUUACUGGACAUCUAAACUUCCAGAUAGAGCACCAUCUGUUUCCUACGAUGCCUAGACACAAUCUGUACAAGAUCCAACCACUAGUUCAGUCCCUAUGUAAGAAACAUGGUAUACCUCACCAAGUUAAAUCUCUGUAUCAGUCUUUUGCUGAUAUUAUCAAGAGUCUGAAGCACUCUGGGGAGAUAUGGAGUGCUGCCUACGAACAAUAUCACCUAUCAUAAUGAUCUAUAUUGAUUGGGGAGGACUGUAGUCCAGACAUAACAAAUAUCAGUAGUGCUACGAUCAAAAUAGACUUUAUUUUUCUAUUGAUUUUUUAUACACCCUUGAGCAUUAUACUUUGUAAAGGAGCAUUGUACUAGUCAUCACUGUAGAAGAAUUUUAUUCACAGUUUUGUCUAAGUCUUUUAUCUUUGGUUGUUUCACAUUUCCCAAAGAGUUAUUUCCCCUUUAAGGCUUAUACAUGAUGUAAAAUGAAAUAUCUUCAAUUCAAGAUUUUGAAACAUUUUUUCUGUCUUUAAAGUUACUGAAAGACAUGAAAUUUUGCCACCUUGUUAACUUGUUACUUUCAUAUUGGAAAUAUAAAUAUUUCUCUCUGUGGAUAACUUAUUCGUGCUAUUUUAAGGGGAAAUAACUUCAAAAUGGGAGAUGAUCAAUGUUCAAUACAAUAAGUAAAUAUUAUGAUAAUUAUUUAGAAAUUGCAUGUCGUAGAUUGUUUUUAUAGAAGAAUUUCUAAUUUUGGUUCACAAGCUUUGACACUUUUCAUUGAAUGUUUUACAUUAACAAAAAGAUAGGUUUUUUUUUUUGUCAGCACACUUGUGCUGUUAUAAGUUAUCGUAUUUUUAGAUGAUUAUUGUUUAUAGUGACAAAAUUUUACAAAUGUACUAGAAAAAGUAAUAGUAAGACCAUAUGGAAGGCAAUAUCUAAUUAUAUGGGUGUGGAAUUAUUUAGUAUUUUGGGUACCAGUUUUCAUUGAUAGAGGAUUGUUUUCAAGGGUACUGGGUUUUUUUCUUUUGUUAUCAUUUCCUUACAUACAAAGUUUGGUAAUAUUUUUUUGUAUUUUGAUUUUUUGUUUGCUUUCGCUUACAAAAUUUAGUAUUCUAUGAAUUAUAUUGGGUCCAUAUCAUAUUUUUAAAUGUAUGACUCUUAUGUUAUAUCUGUGAAGUGCUUUGUUGAAUGAUACAUACAUUUUAAGUUACCAAUAUUUAUAGUACUUAUCUUAGAUACCUUGUAUAAUGUAUUUAUAUACAGAUAUACUACAGCUCAGCUGGGUGUUUCUUUCCCAACCCAUCUACAGUUUGUCCACCUGGUCAAUCCUAUAGAUGUUUGUUCCUGUUUUUUUCAAUAUAUUAGUAUUGUAAAGAUGAAGGUUAGCAAUAGGAGCACUGUUUCUUGGAGAUACAUUGUGUUGGGCAUCUUAAAGUAGUGUUAUUUCAUAUACCUCAAUUCUCAAAAUUAUAUCUUUUCUUUGUUGUAUAGAAAUUUAAUUGAAUAUCGAAUAAAUGUUUUAUUGCAAAUUUUUUUACAAGAACAAUUGAGUUUUAGGCAAAGUCUAGAUGGAAAUGGUCCUCUGUGAAAAUAUGGUCAAGUUGUUCUUGUACCCUGAUGUUGUGUAGUCUUUAAUGUGAUAUUGGAUUAGAUAUGUGCCAUUUCUUUGAAGGUUGAAAAUUUGUAAAAGAAGUCCAUUGAGUUGUUAAUACAACCAUUGGUAUACCUGUUGUAUGUUAUUCAGCACUGGCGGUUAAUUCUUUGGUCCUGUAAUCUUCAUUGAACUUUUUCUUUUUUUCAGUGAAUUUUCUGCGAACAAAAUAAUCAAUCUUGAAGGACAUUCAGGGAACAUUGUCUACCUGGGCUGUAGUGGUAUCUUAAAUAUAUUCUAAAAAAGAAAAAGAAACUGGUUGUGACUUUGAUUAGAUGAUCUGCUGAAAGUUUUUUUCACUGUGUUCCCAAUGUUUUUUCACUGUGUUCUAUUUCUUUUCACCGUUUUCUACCUUUAUCACUGUGUUCUAGGUAAUUUAAACAUAAAUAUUAUUAUGAUAAAGUAGUUGUGAACCAAAACUCUGUAACUCUUUGACAGAUCAAAUUAAUCGGUCAAAUGAUGUUUUUGACUUUAUGUUCCUUCCUGGUUGUCUAAUGAAUCAAAAUGAAAUAUUUUCAACUGAAAUUAAAGCUGACAGUGUUUGGAAGUAUCAACAAGAGGUUGUUCCCCCAUGAAUAUAUCAGGUUAUAUGUUAUCUGCUUUUUGAAUAUAACAGGGUAUAAUUUGGCUGCCAUGCAGUUAUUUGUUUUGUCUUUGUUUUCCUUUAGAUGUUUCACUUGGAAUAUUUGAAAAAAAUCUUGGUUUGUGUGGAUUCUUUAGGAGAGAAAAUUGGUUUCCCACGAAAAUAAAUGAUUCCACUGUAAAUUUAUUGAUAUACGUAUGAAUUGAAAGUAAUGUUCCUGAAUCACAAUUCUCUUGGUUUCUGUAUAAAUUGUCUCAAAUAAUUAAAUACUGUAAAUGCAGAAAGUUUUGCGUGUAUUUAUUAUUACGAUUUUUUGAAAAAUGUGUGAUUGAUUAUUGCAAUUUCAGGAAAUACAAAAAAUGCUAGCACAAUUUAAGAUGCAAGGUUUUUUAUAUUUGAAAAAUCUAUCCUGUCACAAUUUUCGCAAUGAUAAAAACAUCGCAAAAAUUCAUGAAUUUACAUAAUGCAUAAGCUUUUACUUUUGUGAUGUCGCUUCAGUUGUACUUUUUGCUACUAGUUUAUUUAUAUUUUUGUAUAUUUUUUUAAGGAAUUUUAGAAAAUGUUUGUUGUAAUAAAAUAAUCUGAUUUAAAUGACUUUACGGUCAAGAAUCAGCUUCUCUUGUUAAAUAUCUUCCUUCUUUGUAUAAGA